AAAUAAACGGAAAAAAAGUUUCUAGGUUACAAGUUUUAUACGUUAUGGAAACAGAAAUCAAAAAAUAUCUUCAGUUUUAGAGGCAUUUUAAGAAGAACAGUUUUGUAAGUAAAUUUGGAUUUAUUUACUUAACCUCGAAUUUGAAAAUAUUUUUUUUCAAGCUAAUAAAUUUAAAUAUUAAAUUGUUAUUUUUAAAUGAAUCACUAAAAGAAACCUGGCCUUAAUGAUCUAUUGAACAUUAAAAUUCAAUUCGCUCACAUUCAGGCUGACAUUUGUAAGUAGCACAGUGACAGGCACCUUGUUUUUAAAUGACAAUUUUAAACGAAACAUUUUUUUUUUUUUUAAGACGUACAUGGACAUCACGCCAUGGCUGAAGGAGAUUAUUAUUGCAAAUCAAUAAAUCUAAACAAUUUCUUCGUGGAAAGGACGCUUAAGAUGUCCUUUUCAAAUAUCUGUGACAAGGAAAAUAUUUUACCCUGGAAAUUUUUAAUUUAUUUUAAUUUUAAAAUGUUAUGCUUUAAAAAGGAGGCGCACGAUACUUCUUAAAUCUUCACCUAAAACGAAGCUUUAUGAAUGAUCUUGCGCCUCCAUCAAAAUAUAUGAAAAAACUUAAAAUAUAAUAAAAAACAAAUAUCCACAAGUAAAAUAUUUUCUAGGUCACAAAUAUUUUAUUUUUUUAAGGUACAUUGAUAUGCAAUGAUUAUCACCUUCCGUCAUAUUGGCGUGGGACAAACAGUAUGAGAAAAUUCGUACCAGUUGAUAAUAUUUUGAUUUUGUUUUUUUUUUAUAAUAUUUGAAAAAUAAAUUAAAAUCCUAUAUUUUGUUCUACACAUUUUUUUAUUAGUUCAUUUUUGUACUGAAUUCUUGAGAUUUGUUCAACGAUAAUUUGCAACGAUAUCAAAAUAGUUUACCUAAAAUCAACAAUCAAUGAUUAUUUCAAAAUUUGUUGCAACUUGUUUUGAUAUUUUUUGUUAGUUUCAAUUAUUUUAAAUGCAACACUUUGAUUUUCUUGUACUCAGUUAUAAACAAAAUGCGCAUGUUGAGUUCCAAGUAAGAGAUUGUUAUUAUCGUUGAUUAUUUGUUACAAAAGUUAAACUGUCAGUGACUUUUUUCGAUUUGCAAAAACAGUGAUUACUAUUUUUAAUCUUUUUAUGUACCUCGUAAUUUUUUCCUAAAAAAUGAUUUAACUUAAAACUUCCAAGACAUAUGCUAUCGGGGUAAAAGAUGACUGUGUGUGUACUUUUUCAGAAAUAACUGGAUGAAAUUUGGUCAAAUUUGAAUUGAAAAGGCACAUAAAAAUAGGAAAAAGGAAGCAUUCAAGAAUCAAUGAGAUAUGUCUGACUACUAACCAAUAUUAUUUAUUAUUUUUUUAAUUAUGAUACUACAAACUUGGGUAAGAGGUUAUCAUUUAGUCAUUAUAGUGUAAUAACACAAUUAGAGCUUUUCAAUCACAAUAAAAAGUUUCAAAAACUGAUCUGAUAAAUCAAUUAAAAAUAUAAGAUGUUUUGUAAAUUAAGCUGUUCUAUAGGAAAUACCGAAUAAUAAAAAAACAUAUUUUUUGUUAAAUUUAAGAUAACUCCGGCUCCGACUCCGACUCCGGGUUAUCAGAAAUCUUCGGCUCCGACUCCGACUCCGACUCCAGCUCUUAAAAUUUAGCCGACUUCGGCUCCGACUCCGACUCCAGCUGUUCGAGUUUUGACGACUCCGACUCCGACUCCAGGUCCCCAAAAAGACCCGACUCCACCGACUCCGGCUCCGACUCCGACUCCGACUCCACAGCCCUGACCUCGAUGUUCUGAGUAUGGGAAAUAUGUUACAAAUUUUUUUUUUGGUUUCGUUUGACCUUGAAUAAACCAACAAUAGAGCAGGCUAUGUAAACAAUAACAAACACGUUUUGUUUGGUUAAUCAUUCUGUGCAUUUUCCCAAAGUUUGGUUAAAUUUGGUUGCCGAGUUGUAAUAACAAAUGUUUACGGUAGUCGGGCAUAUACGUGUGUCAAACGCGUUAUGACCUGAAAUCCCUUUGGCCAGUUGUCGCACUUACAGUAAUGAUCAUGGUGUGUCAAGAUAGCACGACAAGAUUGAAGCUUCUUUCAUAUGAAAAGUUACAACAAUGCACGGAGUUUUUUCGGUUUUUGUUGAAUAUCUCAGGAUUGAAAUCGAAUUUGGGGAUCUAUAAAGGUAAAAAAUAGACAAGUUAGCGAAAGCGAGGAUUUGACUAUCCGAAGUCCCAUUCUAACCUUCGGACAAUCGAGGUUUUGAAUAAUCGAGUCUGGACGAUCACUUUCCUCGUUUGUAGCCAAUCCUCUCAAGGGAAAUGAAAACUUAAAGUUUCAAUAGUGCGAAAAAUUAUGUAAAAUAGCUUGUUGUACAAAGGUGUUCGCCUCGUCCCUUGCAGGUGUUUACGGGCGCAAGAGCACCACAUUAAGCAAACACGUGACCCGUCCAUCAAACUAGGCUGCAUUCAUUGUUGCCGCGUAAACACUACUCUGUCAAUGAUUGCAAAUUAAACAACAGACCAGGCAGGCCAUGCGUCAUCGGUCAUCAUCUCAACCGCCAAAGUACCCGCGCCGCGCGCUCGAGCGAGCCCAUAAAAUCCGUUGCUGUUUGCUGCAGUUUUAUUCGCCAUCAGGCCAAGCCUCACGCCUUUUGUCUCCCCCACUGUGUUGGUUUUAGUUUGUUUACCAUAGUUUGGACCAUUCAGGGGCAGCCAGGCUUGGCGUGGCGUGCGGUAAAUAUUGAAAACAGUAGCAAAAGUCACCCAGCACCAGUAGUAGGCUGGAUGCUCGAAAAUGGAGCUUGACCGCACCAGAAGCACGUUGACCGAAUUUUAAUUAUUUCCAUCACAUCGCGCGCCGAAUACAGCCAGGGACGAUCACGUCGCCGUGCAAGUACGCGCGCGCGCCAUCAUGGUCGCCAGUGGGAUCGGAGGCAAAGGUCACUGCGAUCGAUGCACGUAGCUGAUGGGGGAUUGCUGAAAGUGCCAAAAUCAUAGUCGACAAUAUUUUGAAUGUUUAAACCACUUUGGUGACAUAUUUAUUGGGUUUAGACACCGGAAAAUUGUACUUCAAACAUGCAAACUUAUCGCAAUUUGAAUUUCGAGAUAGCUUAGUCAGUUCCACUUCUAGUUUACAAUGUGGCUGACCAGGUUUACCGCGUGGGUUCUGCUACUAAGAUUGGCCGUUACUCUGGCGAACGUCAACCUGCCCGAUUUGGAGGUGGCCACGGGUAAAAACAGUUCCCGACCUUUCACCAUCAAGGUUCUGAAGAUGAUCUGCGUCAAUCAGCCGUACGCCUACACGGUGGUCAAAACGUGCAAGGCCAAACUGGCCCGGAAUCAACCGGCCAAGCUGAACCUGGCCUUCGACAUUCAGCGCCCAGUCAAUUCGAUGUAUCUGUCCUACGUGCUGAACUACAAGUACACCACAUACAAGCCGCUUCUGUUCGACGAUUCCUUCGACAUGUGCCGCUUUAUGGCUGAACAGGGCGGCGGAACGAACGUCCUGAUGAACUUUAUGUACAAAAUUGCCACCUCUCAGAUCACCUGGCUGCACAAGUGCCCGUACGUUGGCCUGCAGAACAUGUCCGAUUUUGUGCUGGACGAAGGUCUCAUGCCGAGCUUUCUACCCGCGGGAGACUUCAGGGCCGACACCAGAAUCUUCGACAAGGCGAACGAGACCAUCGUGGACUUUCAAAUAUUCUACAGCGUGCGAGCGAAGGGACUGUUUGAUCUGUCCAUGGGAUAGGCAGAAUCCGGUGUGUUCAUAAUAAAAUAUAAUCGAAAACUUCGAAACAGAAAUACAACUGUGAACAUUGUGAUCUUUCACGACCGAGAUCCCCACGAAAAGAAGUGCGUCAUGAACGAUCGUGGAGGCGAACUCCUGCCUCCUUCUGCAAUAAUAUUUCGAGAAGGCUUGACACUGUUUCUGUGUUUUGCGCACCCCGCUGCUGCAGGUCAAAAUUUGGCCAGCAAAUUAGGCAAUUUGAGGGGGGGUCGUUGACGUCAGACACGAGUGUGUUAUACCCCUUUGGUUGGACAGUUUUAAAAAUGUUGGAGACAGAUGUUGGAGGUUACUGUUACAAAAUUUUAAGGUGGUGGAUGGUGUAUUUCACUUUUGGGGCAAUGACCAGGCUUGCAAAAAGUUUUCAACCCAACGUACACAUGAAGCAAACCAAAACGUCAGUUCACUGCUAGCAUGUGACUGCAAGCCUACUGUGUCUAUUCAACCACUGCCGCCUGACUUGUGCCGGUCGGCUGCUGGAGAAUGAGAGACGUGAAAAAAUGAGCUACACUCACUCAAUUCGUGUCAUAUGACUGAUUCGUAAAAUCCUCUUUAAACACUAUUUUGACUAUUUUCAAACAAUUGAAUGGUUGUAAACUGUGCAAAAUACUUAAAACAAUCUUAACUUAUAUUCAAAAUUACAUUUCCACGCAUAAAUACGAACUUUUUGUGUAAAAACUUGUUUCUUUAUGUGUGUGCGUGCAACGUCGAAUGAGCGUUGGUCGACUACUGCCUCGUAUUGCAGCUGCUCAAUGAGCUAGGGCACUCACGACUGCGUCGGGUUUGUUUAUGUCACGGUUUUACGGUUCAGUGAAUGGAUCUCAAAAAUUUGUGUCAGCGUCGCCGAUUUUCGCGUCAUGACCCCUGACAUUUUCAGCACUGGCAAUGACUGUCAAUGAUGGUUCUGAAUUCAGAUCCAGAAAUAGUAAAUUGAAAUGAAAACAUAAUCACCAUAUGUAAAAAAUUUCUACAAACAACACAAAGAAAACCAUUUUUUGAUUGAAACAUUCUGAACCAAGAUUUGAAUGUUUUUCGAAAACAAACAUGGCCGCCAAAGUCCGAUCGGAAUGAUGCCUUUCAGAGCCUUAAGCGUUUACCUUUUCCAGAUAAAAAAAAAUCUUGCAAAAUACUGUUGAUAAAAUUUCUACAGUGUUCCGUAAUUCCGUGACGAUGAUGAUCAAUUCAAACAUCAGCUUUUUAAAGAUUUAUUUUGCGAGAAAAAAAAAGUUUUUCUAUAUGUUUUCAUUUCUAACUGAUAUCUUGAAAUCUAGGUCCAGCGCGUUUGGGUAUGUCAAACAUUGGCCAAUCUGUUUCCCUUGACAAUCUGUAUUUAUAACUGAGCCCACUUAAACAAGACAAACGUCAAAAAAACAAACCAAAAUGACCGAGGGGCCAACAAUCAAGUGUAAUAAAUAUUUUUUUUUGUUUUUGUGAAAUUUCAAAUCGCAAUUAAAGGAAACUUGAAAAAUCUGUUCUGAAAAAAAUAUUUGGUAACUAUUAUUUUUACAUUUUAUCAAGAAAAUAUAAUGCAUUGACGCCCCUCGGGAUUUUUGUUCAGCCCAGAUAAAUUUUUCAUCAGAUUUUUUUAAUGCGCCUCUUUUCCUGAAAAAAGGCCUCUUUUUCAAGAAAAAAUAUCAGAUGAUAUAUGUGAUGAAAAAUCUAUUUUUUACUUUUUCUAAAUUUUAAGAAUUAAUUUGCAUAGGGUGUCCAAAAAUAAAAUAAAUAUAAAAAAUGAAAUUACAAGCCUUGGUUUCAACAUUUGGAUGAAAAAAUAGUUUUAAAUGCAUUUUACACUCGUUGAGUAACUUUUGCAACGGCUUAAAUUAAAAAAAAAUCAGUAAUUUAUUAGCGAAAACAAACCAGCAGAACUUAGUGGUUGGUAUAAUUUUGCACAGGUUCUGGUUUUAGCCGAAAAUUUCGCUGGUUUAACGACAUUUUUGGCAAAUAUCAGCAAAAUGAAUAACUCUCAGCUGAGUUGGUCAUGAACGCUAUUUCGCUGAUAGUUAAAAUCCCAAGUGGUGAAUAUUUUGGGCGAAUAACGGUAGAAAAUAAAAACAUGGCAACUUGGCAGUGUACAAAUAUCAACCCUGAUCGCCGAGAAGUGAACGGGACACAUUUCUGCAACCGGUCGUUGACUUAUGUUCAAAUAACGAAAAAAAAAUGCAAACCAACUAAUCGACAGCGCGUUAGUAGCUACUCGAUCAGCUGUUUUGCCUUCUUGUCCAUAUUCUUUUUCCAACCAUCUCAAGGUCAACCUACUGCACACAACGUGCCGCGUUCGUGCCCAAGUUGAUAAUUUGCCAACUGGAACUGGUUCACGUGCGGUUGGAAUGGCCUUAAAUGAAGGGAAAUUGCGUUUGAUUGAUUGAUUGAAUUAGGCGAGCGCCCGUACUUAGAACAUCGUACACACCUUGACAAGGUUGAGCUUGCUUCAAUUAUCGACCGUUAUACUAAUACGAGCGUAUUUGGUU